AUGCAUUCGAGCCAAAAGAGGUCCAACCUCAUCCCCGCUUGCCAUGCUGAGUCGCUAGAAUUACAGAUGAUCAGAGACGUACAGGUAUUGCCGCCCCCUUCCGCCUCAAAACCCCAGAGCUUUAGAAAAAAGAAUCGCAACCAAUUGGCUCCUGCCGUGGUUUGUUCGCCUCAAAAUGACGACGACGACGACGACGACGACCCAAAUGAAGGCAAUUCAGAUCUUGACCAUGCCGAAGAGCUUCAAGAAAGUUCUAUCGAUUUUUUAAAAGACAAAAUGACAAAACGGCUCUAUUCAAAAGUCUUAUCGCAGCAAAAGGAACUGGAGCACGAGGUUUCGCAAGAAACUUCCCUUGGCGGCUCUGAUGACAGUGAAGAAUCAUAUGUAGACGAAGAGUCGGAUUACGAACCAAACGAGGCUCUUCUAGACGAACUAGAUGCCUUGUAUGCAGAUGCCAAUGAUGAAGACACGCAAUUUGAUCAUGGAGACCGUGAGCUGUUCGAAAAAUGGAUCCGCCCGUCCGCAGACUCUGGUGAAGGUGUUCCUCUUACCCUUGCUGAGAUUAUUCUUAAAAAGCUGGAUCAGUCAAAGGAGCAAUCGGAACCCCGCGUUUCCACUGCGCAAUCCCAGGCGCCAUUGGUUUUUCCCGAAAGAGUUGUGCAAGUGUACCAAAAAUUAGGGCUUUUGCUGUCGCGUUAUAAAUCGGGAAAGUUGCCCAAGGCCUUUAAGGUACUUCCUGCCCUUUCAAAUUGGCCCGAUAUUUUGGUACUCACCAAUCCAGAAAAGUGGACACCACAUGCCGUUUAUCAAGCCGCAAGGCUCUUUGCCUCCUCUUUAAAGCCAUUGCAAGCGCAGCUCUUUUAUGAAAGCGUGCUUUUGCCGCACGUACGGAACAAUAUUUCGGAACAAAAAAAACUCAAUGUUUAUCUAUACGAUGCCCUGAAAAAGGCCAUCUACAAGCCAUCGGCUUUCUAUAAAGGAAUUAUUCUCCCUCUUUGUGCUUCUGGGGACUGCUCCCUUCGAGAAGCAGUGAUUGUUUCCUCGGUGCUCGUUAAACAAUCCAUUCCCGUCCUGCAUUCUGCAGCAUGCUUGCUAAAGCUUACUGAGAUAGAAUAUUCGGGGUGUGUCUCCAUCUUUAUCAGAACCUUGCUGGAUAAAAAAUAUUCUCUCCCCCAGCGGGUUGUCACCGCUUUGGUGGGGCAUUUUACUUCGUUCCUCGACGAUCCAAGGCCAUGUUACCUUUUGUGGCAUCAGUGUUUGCUUGUUUUUGUGCAAAGGUACCGAAAAGCGCUGCCUGGACAAGAAAAGGAAGAGCUCAGAAGGCUAUGUGCUUCCAAAAGGCACGAUCAUGUCACGCCAGAAGUGCUACGAGAACUCCAGUAA